AAUGAGCUGGUUCGUACAGAUGUCAUCAAGCUGUCAGUAGAAGGAGCAACGAUGCAGGGGCCAGAGGGGCUACAGCUGCAAACGCUUGGCUGCGGGACAUCAUUUGAUUUUCACAAAAAGAUAGAUUAUUUAUUUCUCGUUGGUACUGAAGAAGGGAAGAUCUAUAAGUGUUCAAAAUGCUAUUCAAGCCAGUUUUUGGAUGUGUUUGAAGCCCAUCACAUGGCUGUGGAUGCUGUCAGCUGGAAUCCCUACCAUAUGAAGGUCUUCAUUUCCUGCAGCUCUGACUGGACAGUCAAGAUCUGGGACCACACCAUCAAGACUCCAAUGUUUAUUUACGACCUGAAUUCUGCUGUUGGGGAUGUUGCCUGGUCUCCUUACUCCUCCACUGUCUUUGCUGCAGUCACCAAUGAUGGCAAGGCCCAUGUGUUCGAUCUGAGUGUUAAUAAGUAUGAAGCUAUAUGCACCCAAGUAGUGGUGGCCAAGAAGAAAAACAAGAUAACCCAUGUCCGCUUUAACCCUGUCUACCCUGUCGUCAUCAUUGGAGAUGACCGAGGCCAUGUUACCUGCCUGAAGCUUUCUCCCAACCUGCGCAGGAUGCCCAAG